GGUCAAGUUAAAUUGACAAAAUAAAACAUCCAGGUUUUAGUCAGAUUGGUUCCAGAGCACAAAAGCACAAAAUAAAUGCUACCUAUUCUUCAGAGAGCACUUAAUGAACAGGCCUCUAGUGGCCUGACAGACCUAGAAUUUCCACACCUGAUUUGCAACUAACAGUUGGUCUGCUAAAUAAAACUUUUGUUGUCAUUAACCAUUUUUAAUUUUUUUUAGUUUCAUCACUCACACCCAGAUGUACUAACACAUCUGUAGAAUCAUGAAAUUCAUAAAUAGCAGCUUUUCUUACAACAUGAAGUAGGCUAAAAGAUCUCAGAAAGCAAUGCAUUAAAUAUUAAAACACCAUAGAUACUUUUCAACCUUUUUAGUACACAUUAGUAACAUUAGUAAGAUCAAUGGAAUUAAACUACUCACCUUCAUCACAAUUCAUUUGGUUCACAUAAAUUGAUGUCAAAAUGUAAUCUGGCUGCCAAUCAUUUCAGAGGUACGACACAAUGAGAAAUUAGAGUCUAAUUACCAGAAAGGGAUGACAUUUUGAGAGCAUUUUUAUGACUGAGGAACCCCCCCCCCCAAAAAAACCCCAUCAAAAGUAAUAAAUAAAUAACGUAAACCACAGGAUUAACUUAAAGCAGAACUCAGAAAAACUAAACUUAAAACUCAAAAUCCUCCAGAUCAUGAAAUAAAACAUAGUUCUCUCAUGGUUAAGGUUUGUUAUUAUUCUGUUUUGUCCUGAAUCAUAUUAUUUCACUGCUAGACAAAAAAAAAUUACAUCACAGUUUGGACACAGCUGGUUGACAUGUUGCCAUGCUUGUGUCGAUGCUUGCUUGACAGUGAAGGUCUGUGUGUGGUUUGUAUGUAAAUGUCUGAACAGGGAUUAAAUGUGUGUGACUGUGUGUGUAUCCUCCCAUGUGGUAGUGAGUGCAUGACAGAGCAUGUGUGCAUUUGGAGGUGAAAGGACCAAAGACGGUCCUUUCACCUCCAAAUGCACACAUGCUCUGUCAUGUGGGGUGUGAUGCUCUGAUCGGCAACAACCACAGCACAAGAUGGACUUUUCUUGUCAUGACCAAACUGUGAUGAUCUUUUUCCUGAACUCUGCUGUGCCAGAACUCGGCCCGGCCCAUUGGACACGAAACACUUGGAACUUCUGCUUAUUUGCACUGGGCACAGUGCCCUCCGUUCAGUCCAGCUGCAGCUCACUAAAGCCCAACAGCUCAGUACCGAACAAUGAACGGGACCAGCAAUGUGCUGACUCCCGACCCAUACCGGUCCAGUUACAUCUCAGCACCAGCAUGUAUAAAUAGGUCCGUUCAGUUUGGGGUCAGGACGUCGUUUUUUGUGAAGUCCCUGUGAGAACUGAGCGCCAAUCUUUGUUGGGCAGUCAGGCAAAUCUUCACUGAAAUCCACAGCAGCAUGGCUCUAAAUAAUCCCACCCCGCUGGGACCAUGGAAGAUCACAGCUUACGACCAGGAAAACUUCCAGGGCAAACGUCUUGAGUUCACCUCAGCCUGCCAGAACAUCAUGGAGUGCAGCAUCGACAACAUCCGCUCCCUCAAGGUCGAGUGCGGGGCCUGGGCAGGAUAUGAGCACUCCAGCUUCUGUGGACAACAGUUUGUGCUGGAGAGAGGAGAGUAUCCUCACUGGGAGUCGUGGAGUGGCAGCAACGCCUACCACAUUGAGCGGAUGAUGUCCUUCCGACCCAUCUGCUCCGCUAACCACAAGGAGUCCAAGAUGGUGCUGUUUGAGAGGGAGAACUUCAUAGGUCGCCAGUGGGAGAUAAACGAUGACUACCCCUCCCUGCAGGCUAUGGGCUGGAGCAACAAUGAGAUCGGAUCUAUGCAAGUUCAGAGCGGAGCUUGGGUUUGCUACCAAUUCCCAGGUUACCGUGGUUACCAAUACAUCAUGGAGUGCGACCGGCAUGGUGGCGAAUACAAACACUACAGAGAGUGGGGCUCCCAUGCUCAGUCCUUCCAGGUGCAGUCGCUGCGUCGGAUCCAGCAAUGAGGCCUGCAGCCGCCUCUCCCUACCACUCACUCUUCACCUCCUCUUCUUUCUUCUCCCCUUAUUCAUCUUCCUCCAUUCACCCUGUCAUAUUCCUGCACCUCUUGGGGUUUCCCAAUUGAGAAGCUAACACAAUGUUUGUUUUGUUGCCAAAUAAAAAGCACUUACAAGGGAUUGAGAGGAGAGAAAAAAAACUGACAAUGAAGAGAAGCUCUGGACUGAUGCCCCAUGAGGAAAGAAGAAAAGGGGAGUAAAAAGCCUUGCAGUGGCAACAGAGCAGCGGAGUCACUCAGGCAUUGCUGUGUAACUUCAUAUGUUUGUGGGUCACUACGCUGAUGCCGGUGACGAAAAAAGAAAGAAUGGACAACUUAAAAUAAACACAAACUCAAACAGUCUGCUUCUAACCUGCAGGGUGUUGGGAUUUCUUUUCUUUAACUGUUGCUUCCAUAAAUGUUUGAGCUGCUCUGCCUUUUUUCUUGAAGCCUUCAGUUGAUUGUGAGCUUGAAUGAAGAGGGUUAAUCUUUUAUUUUCUUUUAAAGCCACCAAGAAACAAAUGUUGGGUUAAAAUAGAUAUGACUAAAAAUGCAGCCAAUAUUACUGGUAGGACCUGGAACGUAUUAGUCACACUGCAAGUGAUUGAGACAUGCACUUGUAAAUCAAGAACUAAAUGGUUUUACCUGAGGUGCACAGCACUUCUAAUUUAAAAUCUUUGAUAUGGCACAAUGGGUCUCAAAAUACGGCAGCCAUCUGGUUCAGAAUAUAAUAACCUAGCCAGUAUUACUGUAUCUCCACCCAAUGCAACCUCCACUUUUGUUGAUAAGCAGGAACUGAAAAAAAGAAUCUGACACUAGAACUUUACUAAAUUCUCAACACUAUGUUUCUAAAUUCAAAUGUUUUCUUAUAUAUGCCCAUGUUUUGAUGUUUCCUCAGUGGGAAGCAGGAAAUGUAUAUUUUUUCUGUUAUUUUUGAAUGCUUUAAAUAGAUUUGUCAUCUAUAGUACUAAGAUAAUUGUUCAGCUGUAAUGUAUGAGAAAGGAAAAUAAGCAAGUGGAAGAGUUUAUUUAUCUCGUUAUGACACAGUAUUUUUUUCCAAAACAAGAUCAGUUUAUUACAAAACUCACUAUUAGUUUGUGUCUAAUAGAAGGAUGGACACGAAGUGUUUUUGAUUUAGCUGCAGAUAAAAAAAUAAAUAUUUUUUGCUAACAAUAAUAUGCAGAAAUUGUCAUAUUCGGGACAUUUUUCAAGAGUCUGUGGAUAUAAUAUUAGUUAAACUAAUUUUUGCACUGGCAAUUUAUUGGGAAAAGAGCCAUGAUCCAAUAAAAAUCAUGGUAGAGUGAAGUCUUUCACCCUAAACAGGCUGAAGUAAUAAUUGACAAACAAAACAUAAUAAAAUAGAUGUUGUUAUACCAUCCCAAUCAUUAAGAUUAGAGAAACUUGUGUCAGCUUGUAAAAAGGCCGUCUUUAGAAAAUGAAUCUCUGAAUACAAAAUGUUUCACGUUAGAAGCAGGAUUGAUCAGGAACUAACAAAAUUACUAUAAUGUCACAUAACAGUUAAUGUAUAACUUGAGUUGCCAUAUAGAGCAUUAGGUUAACCAGCUUAAUAUUUAAGUAAAUGUGUCUUGUAAUGAUUAAAUGUUCUGAUAAUGGCUCCUGAAAGCUUCACAGCCAGUAAACUAAGCUUGGCUCCAUUUCCCUAGAGCUUUAAUUAUGUCUUCACAUUAGUGCUUUUGUCCCUGACUUAACCAAAGGUUUGCUUAGCAUAAUUCAGAUAUACUUUUUAGAUACAUUUGUGAGUAGAACAGCUUUGGGCAGACAGUGAGAUGCUGGUUAUUUGUUUGCACAACUUCCAUCACAUUAUUGCUGAAUCCAUUGAAAAAUAGCGCUUCAACCUGAACAAAAUGAAGCAAUCUCUCAGCUUUUCUUUUGAUCUUCUAAAUUAGGCUAUACACGACCAGAAAUUGUUGUUACAUUUCUUUUUACGUGUAGUUGUUUUCGCAGAAUUGAAAAUAUGCUACCAUCAUUAAACACAAAGAAUGUGUUUGCUGAAAAAUCAAAAAUCGGAAAAUACUCUAAUAUACCAGGGGAAGAAAUAUUUGUAUUUUUGUGCAUUUUAUGAACUUGCGCUGUGGCAAAUGCACCGCAUAAAGCAAACAUACGUAGUUGUUUUCUUCACUAUUUGAUAUCAAAUCAAACUAAACUUCUUUUUCAAGGCUUUCCUAGAUUAUUUCUAUUUGCUAAGUGUCAAUUUUUGUUAUUUUUUUCAGUUUCGGACUGUCCCAUCCCCCCGUCGUUUUUCCCCCCAAUACGGUUGAUUUUAAUUUUAAAUUAAAAAAUAUAUUCGGGAUUGAAAUCUCAAGGGCGAAGGUUACCCGGACCAAUGACUAUAAAUUUAAAUGAACUUCCGGUUUUGAACUAUGUCUUUUAAGUCAGAAAGUUUCCUUACUGUACCUAUACCAGUAGUAUUGAACUAAACCCCACAAAAACAGAUUAUUAAAAAAGUUAUUGACUGACGGCUAUAUUUGAUACCCGAAAACUCUCGUGUACGAAACUUAAAUUUCUUUCAUGUAGGGAUUAGACCCGCUCCAGGCUAACUCUCCUGGUCCACCUUAAAAAGUUACGUCACAUUGUAGCCCCGCCCACGGAGGUGAACGGAAGUGAAAAGAAAGAGGCAGGCUGGUGUGGCCCUGACGGCAGAAAAACAACUGUGACGCGAAGAAAGACCUUUUUUUUAAAAUUUU